GCUAACGAAGAACAUAUAGUGGAGUAGUAGUAUAUAAUAGGGUAGUACUGUAAUGCUCUUAUGUGAAAUUGUAAACAAAUGGAGUUCAAACUUUUAUUACAACUCAGAGAGUUUGCAAUUGGAAACUAAUGGGCCUUCAAUUGGAGCUUGAACUUUAAUGGCGGAUUCACCUGAGAGAAUAAGAAGAAGAGAAGUUGGGAAAUGAUUUACCAGAAUUUGCAUAACCGUCUCCUUCCCAGCUCUUUGGAAUAUAAAGCCCAACCCUAAUUCGAUCAAUUUCCCAAUUUAGAGACUCUCUUCUACUGACAUAACAACUACUUACGUUAAUACUAAGAAAUUUUGCAGAUGGAGGGGAUUUCCUUUGAAAGCCUUGUUUCACAAUACAUGUGGGAAGCCGAUGAAAAAGGUUUGAUGGCUAUGUCAAUAUUCAAUUUAAUGUUUCACAACGAUCCAAAUUCCUUUGCUCUUAAACUUGAUGUUGGUUGUUCACACGAUGACAUUGAUUUCCGUACCAAGUGUGUUGCCCUCUUUUCACGUUGGUUAAUGACUUUUGCCUUUGGAACAGUUUAAGCGUUUCAACUCAAUCCAUUUUAAAGUCUAAUCUCCUUAUGCGUCUCAAGCUCGAACAAUCAACAUACAUCAACAACAUGCUCUCUCGAACCGUUUUGGAACUAGCUGCUUCACUUCUGCCCGAUGACAAUUGGCCUGAAUUAUUGCCAUUCUUGUAUCAUUACGUCACUGAUUCCAGUUCAAACAAGUUGUUAAAAGACUCAGUUUUCUUAAUAUUUUGCCAUCUAGGUAAGAUUGGCGAAAAAAAUACUUACUUGGGUACGAGAUUUGCACACUUUAUUCCUUAAUACACUGAAUGACGAUAAACUCGAUCUCAAUGUGAGGAUCACGGCCAUGUUUGCUGUGCACAUCUUCAUUCAGUGCACACCGAGUUCAUAUGAAAAGGAGCGGUUUCAGGAUUUACUGCCAGGUUUCCGGAUUUACUGCCAGGUUUCAGGAUUUACUGACUGACACAUUAAUGACAAAUGGGGAAAAUCAAGUGGCAGCACACGCCGCGCUGGGUUUUCUUAUACAGUUGGCGAAGAAUGAGCCUAGGUUUUUGAGGCUGCAACUAGUGGAAGUGGUUAAUACCAUGUUUGAGAUAGCAGAGGCUAAGAUUUUGGAAGAGAAGACAAGGCGUUUGGCAAUUGAAUUUCUGUUAACUUUGGUCGAGGCGAGGGAGAAAGUCCCCGGUAUGAUGAAGAAGCUGCCACGGUUUAUUGACGCUUGUUUCACAAUGUUUUUGAAUUUGAUACUGGAUACUAAAGAUGAACCUACUUGGCAUACUGCUGAGGGUGCAGAGAUAAACGACCACAUUAAUAGAUACCGGGAUCGAUGGACAGUGGACAACUACCUUUAUGGUGCCAUCUGUUUACGCCGGUUUGCUAAAGCAUUAGGUGGCAACACUACUCCUAUUGCCAUAGAACAGCUGAGUUCUUAUGUGGUUGCCCCUGAGUGGGAGAAACGCCACGCAGCUCUCAUGGCACUUGCUCAAAUUGCUAAAUGUAGCUCAAAGGUGAUGAUGAUCAAGUAUUUGGAGCAAGUAGUGAAUAUGGUCCUGCAUUCUUUUCGAGAUUCUCAUCCUCGAGUCAGAUGGGCUGCUAUUAAUGCAAUUGUCUAUUUGUCGACUGACUUCUGUCCGGAUUUGCAAGAACAGUAUCAUAACCAAGUAUUACCAGAAUUAGCUGCAGCUAUGGAUGAUUUUCAAAAUCCUCGAGUGCAGGCAUGUGCAGCUACAGCUUCCGUGAUGUUCCUACUUGCACUUAAAGAGCCAAUAAGCUCUUCCCACAUUGAUAGAAUACUUAACAAACUGUUUGUACUUCUACAGAAUGACAAUCAAAUGGUUCAAGAUGAAGCAUUAUUUGCAUUGGGUAGUGUAGCUUAUUUCUAUAAGGAGCACUUCCAAAAGUACUAUGAUUUUGUAAUGCCGUAUUUAAAAACAAUCCUGGUAAAUGCAAAUGAUGAAUCUAAUCAGAUGCUUCAAAGCAAAGUCUUGCUGUGCAUAAGCAACGUUGCGCUUGCUGCAGGCAAAGAGAAAUUCAGAGAUGACUUGAAGCAGGUUAUGGAAGUGCUUAAGUACUCCUUACAAGAAUCACAUGUGACAGAGUAUACAAAUAUUCUUC